GAAGCGGCACAAAAGGGAAUACAAUAAUGCAGGCGAAGCGUCGUUUUUCUUUUGAUUGGAAAACCUCGAUGCCGGAGUAGAAAGCGUGCAACGUGUAAAAGUGGACCACAUGCAGCUGGCCUUAUCAGUUGUAAAUACAUAGAAAAAUGGCCACAAUCUUUGCAGGCUCAAAGUUCUCUAGUCAUGCUCUAGUGGAAGAAGAGGGGGAGGAGCAGGAGGAAGAGGAGGAGGAGGAUUCCGCUGAAACUGGUUCCACGUCUUCGUUCAGUUUGCAGGAGUGCAUCGAUGAGUUUAGGGCACGCCGCAUCCGUAGGGUCUCCACCCAAAGUCGCGACUGCGAGACCAACCACAACAACAACAACAACAUGCCCAGGCAGAUGCCCCGCAUCCGAAGGACCAUGGAUGCGGACCUAAUCAACCAGAAUCGCUGCAACAAGGAGCAGGAGCGCAAGGGCAAGCCCUGCCAGAAUGGCUUCUGCUACUGCUUCACCAGCGACAGCGGGGAUUGCGGCUCCGCGGCGCCGCCACGUGACCAGCACGUGCGACUACCACGGCGCAGCAGGCGUUCCGAGAGCACUAAGCCCGCCACCAAGCAGAAUAAUCUGGGCAGCCAGCGGCAGCAGGCGGACAAACGUCGUCAGAGCGAGCCGGCCAACAUAAAAUCCAGCUUCAAAUCUCCUUUAACCGCUGUCAGUCGCUUGAGAGCUGUGGGCGGCGACGAUGAACCGCUCAUCCACAUCAUUCAGGAGCUGCGCGACAACUGUGUGGUGUCCGAGGUGCGCGUAAAUCGCCAAAAAUUGCCAAUUUCGGGCUCCAGCUGCCGGUACAGGAGCUCCCAAAACCUAAAAGGCACCACCAAAAUGAAAUCGUACGAGCCCAUACCCCACAAACCUUCAGCCCCGGUUUUGUCCAACAUCAGUGAGCAGGAAUCAGCUGUCGAAGAGGGACUCGACGAGGAUGUAUUGCCCACGGAGCCCACAAGUCGUAGAAGCUCCCGAUCUUGUCGAAGUUCUGGCGCAGGAGGUCGACUCCUGCAAAAGCGCCUCUCUCUGAGUCAAGUCAACUUCAAGACGCGCGACUCGCAGCAGCCGCCGCCGAAACCACCGCGCCGCAGCUCCCAAAGUCUGGACGGCAAGCUCUCGCAAUCCUCGCUCACCUCUACGAAUCCUUCGGUGCGGGAGGCGGAACGAGUUCUGGACGAGUUUCUGCGCAAACGUGGUGUUCAAGUACCUGGCAGUAAAAUAGACUCCUCGCGCCGGAAGGACGGCCAGCGCAGAUCCUAUCCCAUGGCUGAGGUGGAGAAGCCCCGGAGCCACAAACAUCUGCCCACCUGCCCCUCACUCAGCGACAUUGAACGCGUGGUGGAGUCCAAAAGGGGCUCGAAUUACGCCCGGAAUAUACGGCAGGAAAGCAGCCGGAAAAGUGCGCCCGCCAAGGAAAUAAUUCUUGGCUGGACGGAGCCCAAGAUCACCGAUAUGCUGAACUACGAGGGCAAGACAGCCAGCGAAUUUAGGACCCAAGCAGAACCGCAAGUGGCCAUUGGAUGGCAACUGCCUAGGGCACAGCCUCAGCCUGUAGUUCCAAAGGUUUCCUUGGACACCGUGGAUGGUAGUAUGAGCGAGAACCUAGCAUCAAAUAUGGUACACAAGGAGACGCCCAUAAAAUAUCCUAGUGGAAUUAGAACAGCUGGCGGUCAGGCCAGCCAGAAGUUCAUCUGGGGCGAGCAGUGGCGAAAUCUAUCCCCCUGGAAGGGUAACAAAUCGAAAAACUUGGGGAAGAAGUCUAAGAAUUUCCUAAAUACCUCCAAAAAGAAGAUCCUGCGCUUCGUAUCGCCCAAAAAGUCGAAUCAACAGGAAAAUCUAACGGAAGAACCGAUCAAAAUCACUCCCAAAAAAUGCACUGUGGGCGUGCAGACCUCCACUUCCCAGCUGGAACUACAUUCCCAGUCUCCGCCAGGCAGCUACCACUCGCCCAUGCAGACCACGCCCUCGGGAACGACCACAUCUACCCGCCAGCAGUUGGACAGGGAGCAGCCCUACUUUGACUUCGAGCGCAAGGUAGAUGCUCCGACGCCUCCAAAGAAGUUGCCCCGUGCUAAUAGAGCUCGCAAGCUGGAUUUCCAAACGGAGGCGGCACCCACCACAUAUCGCUCAUUCCACAAGGACCUCGAUCAGGACGUUACCAUCACCAAAAUGGGCUAUCUUUUGAGCAGUAUUCGAGCCAAGUUGGAGGCUAGUGAUGAACGGGCAUUGCGCACUUUCCGGGACUGCUCUCGCUUUGAUCCUCAUGAGCGCAGUCAUCAUCAAGCCGAGAGCUUCGACUGCACAGAUGGUCCCAGCAGUCUGGUAACCACAUCUGUGGCGACUACACGUCUACAGCGCGAUCUCGACAGCGAACCCAUUUAUUCGGAAAUCGAGGAGGAUUGCCUGCGGAUUAGAGGAAGUCCACAUCAUGAGGAUAAGACCGCAGCGAAGAGAAUAAAUCCGACUCCAACUCCAACGGGAAGCUCCACGGCAUAUGUGAGUGAGUCCAUGCCGGAUCCAUCGCCUUCGCCUGCCGAUCUCAGUGCUAUGUACGCCAGGGUGCAGAAGGCGCCGAAGAACUCACCGCAGAUGAAGUCCCUGGUUGUCCAGUCAGAGAUAAAUGUGCAGACUACUUCUCAGCCACAGCUAAUUGCGCCUGUUAGCCAGCCCCAGAUAACUUAUAAUGUUGUACAACCUAAGAAAACUAGCCAGCCUAUGCCACCUCAGUUAACCCCGCAGGCGAUUCAACCUCCAUUGAGUGCUCCCAGUCAGCCUGUGGCCUUGGGUCACUUUCUACAGGAAUCCAUGAAGAACGGCAACUUCUUUCAGUUCAUGCCACUGCCCGAGGAACCGAGUGGUGCUGAAUCCUCCUGCUCAGCCAGUCAGACCACAGACUCCUCUGUGAUUCGGCAGCCCAAACUGAAGUCGCCAACUCCGCUUACCCAUCAAUCCCUGAACAAUAUCAGCGAGCAGCAUUCACCGCCAAAAAAGAAUCGAAAUCUCUCCCGUUCGGAACUCUCCCUGCAGCGCAGCGAGAUCUUUCUGGACAAUCUGUGUCGCAGUGAACUGGUAUUGGAUCGUCCGGAAAAGGUGCACAAUACCAGUUCCAUUGCGGAUUCCGUUUCGUACGACAUGCCCAACGAAGGAGCCGAUGAGUUGUACGCCGAUUACAGUUUGGGAGGGGCGUGCAGUGCCGGCAGCUCCUUUGUGGCGAAUGACUAUGGCUCUGGACAGAUUGAGCCGGAGCCGGCUAACCAGAGCACUCCCAAAAAGAAGCAGAGCCAGCGGUUUACAACCAAGCCAUCGCGCAAUCUGACCAUCGACAUAAACGAUGGCCCAGUCACGCCACUGCGUCAAUUUGGCCAGAAUCUCAGCUUCAGUUGCCCCACAACCCCUCAGCAGGCAGUGGCUGGUGCUGGGGCGGAGGAUCCCACUGCCCUCCACAACAGCAGCAGUUUGGGUGAGCUGAUGCAGACGGUGCCCAUACCCAGUGACAGCCAGCUGAUGUCGGUCAGCGCUCUGGCUCGCUACCGCCUGCUGAAGAACGCCCUGCGUCGCUCGUAUCGCAAGGGGAAGGAUUUCUUUCUGGCGGAGAAGCAGCGACUGACUCACAGCCUAAAUCUCUCGAGAGAUCAGUCGAAUCAAACGGAAGGGGAGCUGGACAGUAGCACCUACUAUGCCAGCUUCAACCUGGACUCCCUGCUGAAUGAGUCGCUGAACCCCAAUGAGCAGCUGGCCCAGGCAGUGAGCAUAUGUCGCCAGAUGCCAGAGCUGGAGAUCUCCGCUGAGAUGGUGGAGGCCGAGCGACUACUGCUCUUCUCCAGCCUGCGAAAGUCGGCUCCACUUGGGUCGCAAUUAAAUGAGGAUGCUCUGGCCGCUAGGAGGCCAUCCCAGUGCCUGCUAAUCGAUGCCAUGGAACUGCCGGUGAGGGCGGAUGUCAACCAGGAUAUGUUCUUCAACUACCAUUACAUCUGCACCUUUGAGUGCGGUGGCCGCAUUCGCUCCACGCAAUCGGUGGAGUGCCAGGAUGGAUGCGCCUUCUUUCGGGACUGUGGCUUGGAGUUCUAUAGCGGUGAGAAGGCGGAAAGCUUGGAGCUGCGCUGCCAGAUCUUCAUGCUGCGCCUGCGCAAGGUUUCCACGCUGGCUCUGGAGCCUGCCAAGUCACUGCGACGUGGCAGUGGGAAUUUAGGUUCCGCCAACUCUAGUUCUUCCACGGGCUCUGGUGGCGAACAGAUCAUCUCCCGCUUUCGCCUGCAUGCUUCUUUCAAAGUACAAGCCAUGAACUUGGCACCCUUUCAACUGGUGGCCAGUGAGACGAGAUCCAGCGAUAAGAUUUGCCUGCGCAGCUCGCGAUCCUGGCAAUUGCCCUUAAGUACACACACAAAAUCCACGAAUCUGGGCCCGGCUAUAUCCAUUACUGGACGAGUGGACUUACGGCUGCCCAAAGCCCGUUUCGCCGGCUACCUUAAUGUUCAGGACCCGAAGAGCAAACACAACUGGAACCGGAGAUGGUGCAGUCUGGAUGGCGUGCAGCUAUCCGUUUGGCAGCAUGAAGAUAAUCUGCUGGAUGAAUCACCCCUUUUUUCGCUCGAGCUGCCGGGGUGUGGGCAAUCUUCGAUAGCUGCAGCCCCGCGGGAACUGUGUGCCCGGGCGAGGAGCUUUCUACUGCAGGGUAAAGAACCCGAUUACGAAUCGGGAGUCUUCUUUGCCGCCGAUACUCAAUCUGAGCUCUUCGAAUGGCUGUCGCACUUAAACGAGGCUCUGCAAUUUGCCAGGCAUUGGCUGAAUUCCACCUGACAGCCGUUGCAUUCCCUAGAGAUUUUUAUUUUUAUAUGUGUUGAAGUUUUCUAUUUAUAUUUGCUAGUAUUUAAGUUAUGCCCAAACAUUUCUGUUUUUAUUUGUAAAUUAGAGUGUUUGCCCUGCAAACUAAGCCGCUCGAAUACCUAACAUAGGGCUGGAUAUACACAUUUUUUGCUUAGGUUUAAGAACAUAUCUAUAAGAAUUAACAUUCCUUGGCCUUGAGGGGAUAUAGUCAUUGGAUCUGAACCAUCUAAUCCCCGUGUUCUGUGGGCUUGCCGUUCACGUCACAACAACAACAGUUUAUUACAUACAUAAUUUACAUGGGGCUACGAUAAGUUGAUAAGAUACCGAUACGAUUAUAUAUUUGAUAUAGGUUACAAUAUGA